CGGGAGGCGCGCGCUCCUCCUGGCUCUGCUUGCUCGGGCGUCGGACCGGACCGGCCCGAGCCCAGGCGGCCCAGCCCCACCAGGAGCCUCGGCGAUGGCCUCGAAGCCCGAGAAGCGGGUCGCCUCGUCUGUCUUUAUCACUUUGGCACCCCCACGUCGAGAUGAGGCCGUGGUUGAGGAAGUGAGACGGGCAGCUUGCGCGGCACGGCCCGGCCGCCCCUGGGAGUCUGCUGCCCCCGAGAAAGCGCCCGGAGCUGGCUCGGCGGGGAGGCCAGGUCCCUGGACACCCUCUGGCAGGGCCGCAGCCACAGUGCCCGCUGUCCCCGCUCAGCUCGCCAAUGGAGGGUGUCCUCUUCCUCCUCCCGCCCUGGAUGGCGAGGACGCACUCCCCGACCUGGACCUCCUCCCACCUCCGCCGCCCCCACCGGCGUACCUGCCUCCUCCCAACGACGAUGAUGAGGACGACGACGUCGUGCCCCCGGCCCCGAUGGGGGCGUCACUCAUUUCCGACUUAGAGCAGCUACACCUGCCCCCGCCCCCGCCCCCGCCACAGCCCCUGGCGGAGGGGCCUCCGUUCCAGCUUCAGCCUAGUCGUCUGGGGCCCACAGAGGAGGAGCUGCCGCCUCCCCCGGACGAGUCUGUUGGCUUCCCCGAGAGAGAGGCGUCCACAGACGUCUGUGCCUUCUGCCACAAGGCGGUGUCCCCCCGCGAGCUGGCGGUGGAAGCCAUGCGGAGGCAAUACCACGCCCAGUGCUUCACGUGCCGCACCUGCCGCCGCCAGCUGGCGGGGCAGAGCUUCUACCAGAAGGACGGGAGGCCCCUCUGCGAGCCCUGCUACCAGGACACCCUGGAGAAGUGUGGCAAGUGUGGCGAGGUGGUCCGGGAACACAUCAUCAGGGCCCUGGGCCAGGCCUUCCACCCGACCUGCUUCACGUGUGUGACCUGCGCCCGGUGCAUCGGGGACGAGAGCUUUGCCCUGGACAGCCAGAACGAGGUGUACUGCCUGGACGACUUCUACAGGAAAUUCGCCCCUGUGUGUAGCAUCUGUGAGAAUCCCAUCAUCCCCCGAGACGGCAAGGAUGCCUUCAAAAUCGAGUGCAUGGGAAGAAACUUCCAUGAAAAUUGCUACAGGUGCGAGGACUGCAGGGUCCUCCUGUCUGUGGAGCCCACGGACCAAGGCUGCUACCCGCUGAACGACCGUCUCUUCUGUAAGCCGUGUCACGUGAAGCGGAGCGCUGCCGGGUGCUGCUGAGAGCGCCACCUGCCGGGACCCCGAGCCACCGCUGGCCCCUGCUGAGGGCCUCUUCUGACUCCGUUUCCCUUCCUGACUGCUCUUGCGCACCUUCCUCCCGAGCCACAACAGGGACCAGCCCAACCCAUCCAGGGCGCAGGGGCUGAGCCGCUCCAGCCCCAGCCUCAGCCUCCUCCAACUCUCGCCGCCUCCUCCGUCCUCGGGCACCGGAAGUCCCCGUGCCAUGCGUAUCUCAUCCAGGGGGCCAUGAUUGAGGCUCUGGGCCCUCUUGCACACUGACCUUGACCCCCACCCCAUUUCCAGGGCUGAGGUGACACCCUGUGUCCCUAGCAGUGACACUUUAGCUGUCCCAUUAGGGUACUAAGGUACUGAGAUCGGCUCUGGCUUGCAGAACUUAGCUGUUUGAGUUAAACUCCAAAGUCCCUUAAAAAGUGCUUUUUAAAAAAUAUUAAGGUUUAAA